AUGGUUGAAUUCUUCUAUCACGACAACAAAGAUACCCCAGAAAACUUUACUGAUGUUCAUAACUCUGGAGAGACAGUGACGGUGGAAGAUCUUGAUAAGCUUGGAGUGAAGUACUUCCACGUUACAAGUCAGAGCGAAUUAGACGAUAUUGCGAUCAAAAGAGACUAUAAGAAUAGAGACGAGAUCACAUUGAACUUAGAUUCAUUUGGUGGCGACGUGGACGCUUUUAACGCUAAAAUGAAACAAUUUUAUAAGGAACACUACCACGAAGAUGAGGAGAUAAGAUACAUUCGUGAAGGAGAAGGAUAUUUCGAUGUAAGAGAUAAACAGGAUAGGUGGAUAAGAGCCAAGCUUGUUCCUAACGAUAUGCUAGUCUUGCCAGCAGGUAUUUAUCAUCGUUUCACUUUGACUAGUGCGCUCAGACAGGUCAAGGCAGUUAGGUUAUUCAAAGAUGAGCCAAAAUGGGAGGCUAUUAACAGAGAUACCGGUAAGAAUAGCGAAGCUCGUACCGAAUAUUUGAAGACUAUUGCAGUGUAG